AAUCAAGUGAGCAGGUGAAAAUGAAAAAAGAGUGACCCAAUAUUAAUGUAGAUUUUCCUGCUCGUUUGGUUUUAACUUUUAACGAUUGAAGAAUGCAAUGUUAUCUGAACAAAUGAAAUCAAUCCGUUCGUUUGAUUUGAAGAAGAGUGCCGAGUCUUCGCUGACUGAAAGUUAUGCUGCUCGCCGCCCACUCCCAGCAGCAAAUUGGCGGACGACGACGGAGGAGGAUGAGGAGAAGCAGCAGCAAGCAGUUCAAGCUGGCCUCGGUGCCCAUCACUUGAAGAAGAAACGCAAAAGGGUGAACCUAAAACGUGGGAGAGUUGGGGAACGACAAGAAGUGACUGUCAGCCCACUUGUUGAGAAGUAUUGGUUUCAAAGAUACAAGCUUUUCUCGAGAUACGACGUGGGUAUCCGAAUGGAUGAGGAGGGGUGGUACUCUGUCACACCUGAAGAGAUUGCUAUUCGACACGCUGAGAAGUGCCGGGGGAGAACAGUGAUCGAUUGCUUCGCAGGUGUUGGUGGAAACGCCAUUCAAUUCGCUAGAAUGUGCUAUUAUGUUGUUGCUAUUGAUAUUGAUCCUCAAAAGGUUGCCCUGGCCCUUCACAAUGCCAAGAUAUAUGGAGUUGAAGAUUGUAUUGACUUCAUUUCUGGAGAUUUUUUCCAGCUUGCACCAUCCCUGAAGGCGGACAUUGUGUAUAUCUCUCCUCCCUGGGGUGGCCCGUCAUACAAAAAUAUUCAGAAUUUUACACUCGAUUUACUCAAGCCGAAAGAUGGCUAUUCGUUAUUUCAAGUUGCACAAGUGAUCACGCCGAAUAUCAUCAUGUUCCUGCCUCGAAAUAUUGACUUGAACCAAGUGGAAGAACUAUCUUGGUUAUCCUCUCCUCCACUGGAGAUAGAGAUUGAAAAGAAUUAUGUGGACGGAAAUUUCAAAGGCAUAACGGUUUACUUUGGACGUUUUGAGUCUGACGUGUCUGGUCUGCCAUCAUCAUUGGAAGAUGGCUCUGUCUCCAAAGGGUAAACCCUUUAAGUCAUUUCUUCCUUACUCACAGGCCUUGCUCCAACCAAAGAGUUUAAACCUGAAGUCAGAGAGAUUUGAAUAUGUUAUUGCCAUAAUCUUUAAAACAAGAUAAACGAAAGGAUGGCUCAGUCAGCUGGAGACAACGGCGACACUGAAAUACUUUCCCGGAGUUAGCCAAGCAACUUCCGAAAUGAAAUGCCUGUGUGAUGCUUGGAAGGGUAAGAUUUUGUUCUCAGCAUGGCGGUUUUGUGAUUAUAGGAGGAAGGAUGUUUACGCAUUUGGAGUUAGAUGAAGUGAGCAGAAGUUCUACCUUUUCGUAUUCAGAUCUUGAGCUGGCCGUUAUCUUACAACCUGAUUUGACUAAUCUCUCUUGUAUUCUGUCUUAGCCUGAACUAUGUUUAAAACCCAGAUGAGGAACAUCGCAUAUUACAUAUUCGAACAGUUCAUGCUUAUUAUGGAGGACAGGAUGAAUAAAAUCUCUAGCACACAUGCUUUCAUGGAGCUGCGUUUAUAUAGUGGUAGGCACCCCCUGAAAACCGUACAUGUAACGUUGAUGGCGCAAGUAUUGUUUGUUUCUUUC